CAGGUGAAAGUCAGCAGGAGUUUUUUUUUUGUGAACAGAAAAACAUGUGGCUCUUGAGGAAGAAAAAAAAAAUCAUCAGAUGAAACGAAGGAAAGGCCUGUCUCACCUGGACCCAGCUGUGUGUCCUUUCAGAGUGACCGCUCAAUGAGACAGCCUCUCCAGUUUACAGAUGGAGCAUCCUCUGUGGAAAGAACCGCAAAACAGGAACCAGAAAACAGCUGCAGAAAUUGGAUGGAGUCCGUAUUCCAGCUGGAGCACAAAGUUAUCACAUUGGUGAAGAAUGAACUGAACAAUUUAAAGAAGCUACUGAGUGCUGAUUACCCAGAAUGCUCUGAGAAGGAGGAGAAAGCGGAGGAGGAGGAUCUGGACCGUAUUAGAGAGAGUGUGCUGAAGAUCACACUGCGUAUCCUGAAGAACCUGAAGCAGAAAGAUCUCGCUCACCAACUGCAGAUCAAGCUGGCCUCUGUAUAUCAGCGAAAACUCAAAUCCAGACUUGGAGAUAAAUUUAAAAGGAUAAAUGAAGGAAUCUCCCAGCAUGGGACAUCAGUACUUCUGAAUCAGAUCUACACAGAGCUCUACAUCACAGAGGGCUGGAGUGAAGACAUCAGUAAUGAACAUGAGGUGAGACAGAUUGAGACAGUGUCCAGGAGACCAGUAACAGAGGAGAAACCCAUCAAAUGUAAUGAUCUCUUUAAAGACACGUCCAUCAGAAGUGUGCUGACUAAAGGAAUUGCUGGAAUUGGAAAAACUGUCUCUGUGCAGAAGUUCAUUCUGGACUGGACUGAAGGGAAAGUGAAUCAGGACGUCACCUUUAUGUUUCCACUUCCCUUUAGAGAGCUGAAUCUGAUGAAGCAGCAAAACCUCAGUCUGAUGAAUCUUCUUCAUCAGUUUUUCCCUGAUAUUAAGGGCCUAGAAGUAAUAGACAGUGAUACCUACAAAAUCUUGUUGAUCUUCGAUGGUCUGGAUGAGUGUCGACUUCCUCUAGAUUUCCAGAACAAUGAGAGAUUGUGUGAUGUGACCGAGUCGGCCUCAGUGGAUGUGCUGCUGACAAACCUCAUCAAGGGGAACCUGCUUCCUUCUGCUCUCCUCUGGAUAACCACUCGACCAGCAGCAGCCAAUCAGAUCCCUCCUGAGAGUGUAGACCAGGCAACAGAGGUACGGGGGUUCAGUGAUCCUCAGAAAGAGGAGUACUUCAGGAAGAAGAUCAGUGAUCAGAGCCUGGCCAAUAAAAUCAUCACACACAUGAAGUCUUCAAGAAGCCUCGACAUCAUGUGCCACAUCCCAGUCUUCUGCUGGAUCUCAGCCACUGUUCUCGAAAGGAUGUUGGGUGAAGCAGAGAGUGGAGAGAUCCCCAAGACUCUGACUCAAAUGUUCACACACUUCCUGAUCUUUCAGAUCAAACACAAGGGACAAAAGUACCAUGGAACAUAUGACCCUGAUCCUCAGCAGACCAGAGAGAGUAUCCUGGCACUGGGAAAACUGGCUUUCCAACAGCUGGAGAAAGGAAACCUGAUCUUCUAUGAGGAAGACCUGAGAGAGUGUGGCAUUGGUGUUCGAGAAGUGGCAGUGUACUCAGGGGUGUGUACUCAGAUCUUCAGAAAAGAAUCGGGACUCCACCUGGGGAAUAUGUUCAGCUUUGUGCAUCUGAGCAUUCAGGAGUUUUUGGCUGCGUUGUAUGCAUUUCUCUGCUUUCUUGACAAAAACUCAACAAAAGAACAAACUACUGAUCUGUCUGGUCUUUUCAACACAUCAGAAAUGUCUGACUUCCUCAAAGGUGCAGUGGACCAGGCCUUACAGAGUGACACUGGACACUUGGAUCUUUUCCUCCGCUUCCUUCUGGGCCUCUCGGUGGAGUCCAAUCAGAAGCUCAUUCGAGAUCUGCUGCCACACACAGGAAGCAGCUCUGACUGCCAGAAGGACAUCGUUGAGUACAUCAAGUUCAAGUUUGAACAAAAUCCAUCUCCAGAGAGAUUAAUAAACCUUUUCUACUGUCUGAAUGAGUUAAAUGAUGAUUCACUCGUGAAAGAGAUCCAAAGUUACAUGAGCUCAGGACGUCUCUCUGAAGCUGAACUCUCACCUGCUCAGUGGUCUGCUCUGGUCUUUGUGUUGCUGACAUCAGAUGAGGAUCUGGAAGUGUUUCAGCUACAGAAGUUCAUAAAGUCAGAUGAAUGCUUUAAGAGGCUGCUACCAGUCGUCCAGCAAGCCACAACAGUUCUGCUCAGUGAUUGUAACCUGACAGAGAGAAGCUGCUCAGCUUUACACACAGUUCUCAGCUCUGAAUCCUCCAAACUGACUGAGGUUGAUCUGAGCAGUAACCAUCUGGAGGACUCAGGAGUGAAGCAGCUUUGUGUUGGACUGGAGAGUCCAAACUGUAAACUGGAGAAACUGAGGCUGAAUAAAAGUAAUCUGACUGUGGAGAGCUGUUCAGCUUUAGCCAGCGUUCUCAAAUUAAAGUCCUGCAGUGUGAGAGAGCUGGACCUGAGCAACAACAGUCUGCAGGAUCCAGGAGUCACUCAGCUUUCUGCUGGACUGAAGAAUCCACAGUCUCCACUCAGAACACUGAGACUGUGUAACUGCAGUGUAGCAGCUGAAGGCUGUGCUGCUUUGGCUGCAGCUCUGGAAGAAAAUCCCUCACAGCUCAGAGAGCUGGAUCUGAGCGGGAAUAAAGCAGGAGACUCAGGAAUAAAGCACAUCUCGAACCUCCUACAGAAUUCACACUGCCUCCUGGAAACACUCAAUCUGCGCAGUUGCAACUAUACAGAAGAGGCCUGUACUUGGCUAAAUUCAGUUUUAGAUGAAAACCCUUUACUCCUAAAAGAGCUGGAUCUGAGCAUGAAGGAACCAGGAGACUCAGGGGUGAAGAAGCUCUCAGCUCUACUGGAAGAUUCUCACUGUAAACUUCAGACAAUUCGGCUGAAUAAAAGUAAUCUGACUGUGGAGAGCUGUUCAGCUUUAGCCAGUGUUCUCAAAUUAAAGUCCUGCAGUGUGAGAGCGCUGGACCUGAGCAACAACAGUCUGCAGGAUCCAGGAGUCACUCAGCUUUCUGCUGGACUGAAACACAGUCACUGUAAACUGGAGAUUCUGAGGUUUAAUGCAUGUGUUAUAACUGAUGGAAGCGGUUCGGCUCUCGCUGAAGUUUUGAGCUCUGAAUAUUCCCAGCUGAGAGAGCUGGACCUGAGCAACAACAGUCUGCAGGAUCCAGGAGUUACUCAGCUUUCUGCUGGACUGAAGAAUCCACAGUCUCCACUCAGAACACUGAGACUGUGUAACUGCAGUGUAGCAGCUGAAGGCUGUGCUGCUUUGGCUGCAGCUCUGGAAGAAAAUCCCUCACAGCUCAGAGAGCUGGAUCUGAGCGGGAAUAAAGCACGAGACAGGAAUAAAGCACGAGACUCAGGAAUAAAGCACAUCUCGAACCUCCUACAGAAUUCACACUGCCUCCUGGAAACACUCAAGUUGUGUAAGUGCCGUCUCUCUGAGGAAGAUUGUGGUGCUGUUGUAUCGGCUCUGAGAACAAACCCCUCACACCUCAAGGAGCUGGACCUGAGUGAGAACACAAUUGGAGACUCAGGAGUGAAGGAGCUCUCUGAUCUACUGCACAACUCAAACUGCACUCUGGAGAAACUGAAGUUGUUCAGCUGUAAUCUGACUGUGGAGAGCUGUUCAGCUUUAGCCAGUGUUCUCAAAUUAAAGUCCUGCAGUGUGAGAGAGCUGGACCUGAGCAACAACAAUCUGCAGGAUCCAGGAGUCACUCAGCUUUCUGCUGGACUGAAACACCGCCACUGUAAACUGGAGAUUCUGAGGUUUAAUGCAUGUGCUCUAACUGAUGGAAGAGGUUCAGCUCUCGCUGAAGUUUUGAGCUCUGAAUAUUCCCAGCUGAGAGAGCUGGACCUGAGCAACAACAGUCUGCAGGAUCCAGGAGUCACUCAGCUUUCUGCUGGACUGAAGAAUCCACAGUCUCCACUCAGAACACUGAGACUGUGUAACUGCAGUGUAGCAGCUGAAGGCUGUGCUGCUUUGGCUGCAGCUCUGGAAGAAAAUCCCUCACAGCUCAGAGAGCUGGAUCUGAGCGGGAAUAAAGCAGGAGACUCAGGAAUAAAGCAGAUCUCGAACCUCCUACAGAAUUCACACUGCCUCCUGGAAACACUCAAGUUGUGUAAGUGCCGUCUCUCUGAGGAAGAUUGUGGUGCUGUUGUAUCGGCUCUGAGAACAAACCCCUCACACCUCAAGGAGCUGGACCUGAGUGAGAACACGAUUGGAGACUCAGGAGUGAAGGAGCUCUCUGAUCUACUGCACAACUCAAACUGCACUCUGGAGAAACUGAAGCUCAGUGAUUGUAACCUGACAGAGAGAAGCUGCUCAGCUUUACACACAGUUCUCAGCUCUGAAUCCUCCAAACUGACUGAGGUGGAUCUGAGCAGUAACCAUCUGGAGGACUCAGGAGUGAAGCAGCUUUGUGUUGGACUGGAGAGUCCAAACUGUAAACUGGAGAAACUGAGGCUAAGGAAGAGUGGUGUUACAGAAGAAGGCUGUUCUGCUUUGACUUCAUCUUUUCUAUUCAAUCCUGCACACAUAAAAGAGUUGGAUCUGAGUGAGAAUAAAGAACCAGGAGACUCAGGGGUGAAGAAGCUCUCAGCUCUACUGGAAGACUCUCACUGUAAAUUUCAGAAAAUUCGGCUGAAUAAAAGUAAUCUGACUGUGGAGAGCUGUUCAGCUUUAGCCAGCGUUCUCAAAUUAAAGUCCUGCAGUGUGAGAGAGCUGGACCUGAGCAACAACAGUCUGCAGGAUCCAGGAGUCACUCAGCUUUCUGCUGGACUGAAGACUCCACAGUCUCCACUCAGGACACUGAGACUGUGUAACUGCAGUGUAGCAGCUGAAGGCUGUGCUGCUUUGGCUGCAGCUCUGGAAGAAAAUCCCUCACAGCUCAGAGAGCUGGAUCUGAGCGGGAAUAAAGCAGGAGACUCAGGAAUAAAGCACAUCUCGAACCUCCUACAGAAUUCACACUGCCUCCUGGAAACACUCAAACUUUCAGACUGCAGUAUAACAGAGGAAGGAUACACUGCUCUGGCUGAAGCUCUGAGACUAAACCCAUCAUCACACCUGAGAGAGCUGGAUCUCAGAGGGAACGACCCUGGAGCAUCAGGAGUCCAACAACUUACUGACUGCAAAACUAACAAACUGACACUCAGGUUGUUGAAAAGUGCUGAAGCAGAGGAAGCCUACAACCUUCUUACUCGAAUGUUCAGUAAAAACCCCUUACUGCACACGGAGCUGGAUCUGAGCUCCAGAAAAUUAACAGACGACAGAGUGGAUCAGCUCUCGGCUCUGCUGCAGGAUCCACAUUACAGACUGCAGAAACUUACACUUUCAGACUGCAGUAUAACAGAGGAAGGAUACACUGCUCUGGCUGAAGCUCUGAGACUAAACCCAUCAUCACACCUGAUAGAGCUGGAUCUCAGAGGGAACGACCCUGGAGCAUCAGGAGUGAAGCUGCUCACUGAUUUACUCCAGGAUCCAGACUGUAAACUAACAACACUGAGACUGUGUAACUGCAGUGUAGCAGCUGAAGGCUGUGCUGCUUUGGCUGCAGCUCUGGAAGAAAAUCCCUCACAGCUCAGAGAGCUGGAUCUGAGCGGGAAUAAAGCAGGAGACUCAGGAAUAAAGCACAUCUCGAACCUCCUACAGAAUUCACACUGCCUCCUGGAAACACUCAAACUUUCAGACUGCAGUAUAACAGAGGAAGGAUACACUGCUCUGGCUGAAGCUCUGAGACUAAACCCAUCAUCACACCUGAGAGAGCUGGAUCUCAGAGGGAACGACCCUGGAGCAUCAGGAGUCCAACAACUUACUGACUGCAAAACUAACAAACUGACACUCAGGUUGUUGAAAAGUGCUGAAGCAGAGGAAGCCUACAACCUUCUUACUCGAAUGUUCAGUAAAAACCCCUUACUGCACACGGAGCUGGAUCUGAGCUCCAGACAAUUAACAGACGACAGAGUGGAUCAGCUCUCGGCUCUGCUGCAGGAUCCACAUUACAGACUGCAGAAACUUAUGUAA